AUGGAUUUCAGUCAAGAGUUUAUGUGUCCGGUUGCAGUUAUGAUUGGUGUUUUGCUGCUCUUGACAGGCAUUGCUCAACUUGUGAUUUAUUUCCCAAGUGGUUUUUUAGUGGAUUGUCUUAUUCAGCGUGAAUACCUUAGUGCCUUGAAUACACGAAAACUAUGUGCAAUUUUAACACUUGGAGUACCAGCUACCUGUCUUAUUCUUCUUGGAUAUGCUGGCAAAAGUGUGUACAUAGUCGGAGGUCUUCUUAUAACUAUCUUUGGACUUUAUGGAAUCGUAAGUGGAAUUUUAUCCAACUCUAUGGACCUUUCUCCAGUGUAUUCGGGAAUUAUAUCAGGAAUUGUAUUAACAGUGUCCAGCAUUACUGGAUUUGCUGGACCAUCUUUCCUCGGAUUAUUAACACAAGACGAUAAUGUACUUGGACAAUGGUCUUUAAUGUUUACAAUUACAGCCUGCCUCCAGAUUUUGGGAAUGAUAAUUUUUCUGCUGUUUGCACAGGCUGAAGAACAGGAGUGGUCAAAAAUAAAUUGUGACAAAGACGUCACAAGCUUGCUUAACUAUUAGAUACGCGAGGCCGACGAUGAGCUGUAAACUCACUCAAUUUUUGGAGUUCUUCCUUUUUACAAGACCCCACCCGGCUCACAGCAAUGUUAUUUACUUUAAUGAAUAUAAACACAGACGCUUAGUAAAAAAAAAAAAAAAAAAAUAGGAAUCCUGUUAUGAAAAAUACUGUCUCUGUACAAGUUUAUUUUAAUCUUUGAUCUAAUUAUUUGUUUAUUUAUAUUCAUUCUAUGUUGGUAUCUUUUAUUCUUGUCAUUU